AUGCCACCCCUUCUUACCCCCCACGCCCUUGCAAACCUCACCGGUGACCCUCACACUAUCAUCUCAGUCUCUAACCUGCAAAGCACCCUGCCCCUCGCCACCGACGCCUGGGGCCGCCCCAACAUCACGCAACCACUCCUCCUCAGCUCCCGCAUCUCUCUCCUCCACCCAUUCACAAGCGCCUCAUCCAGCGACACCGUCGCCCCCUCCACAGUCCACUACGGCACCCUGUCCAAAGCCAUCCUUGCCGCCUGCGCGGAAUUCAAGGAUCUGUGUGAUGAUGAUGUGUGUCCCGUGCCUAUGCAUCUAAGGGCUUUGGUGCAAUUUGUGCAUUUUUACUUGACUGGGAGGGAUACGCUACCAAGGUUUCCGUGUCAGGAGAAGGUUGUUGAGGGGCUUUCUGGUAAAAGUCAUGGUGAUGCUAAGAACGAUGCGGAGAACGAUGCGGUCAUCGAGCCCCUUCUCAAGAAUGUGGCGAUGAGGCUUUUUGAGUUGGAGAUUCUACUACCGAAAGCGUCACUUAUGGGUAGUGGAGUCAGUCUGAAGGGGAGCUUUGGGUAUGAGGUUGGAAAGGAUGGACCAAGUGCCUACUCAAUGGUUUUGAGGUUGAAGGAGUUGAGGAUUCCGACGGUCGUUGGUGUUAAUGCGAAUGAGAGGCUGGCGAAGCAGAUGGUGUAUGUGGAUGUGGAGAUGCAGAAGUGGGAUUGGAUGGUUGAUGGAUAUUGUGCUUUGGAGGAGGUGGUGGUUAAAAGCACUGAAGAAUCCAGCUUCCAAACCCUCGAAGCACUUGCCCAACACCUCAUCACCCGCAUUAUCAAAUACAUCCUAGUCCCGCACUCAUCAUUCAAAUAUCACUCUUCAUCCCCCUCAUCUCUCACUCUCCCCUCCGAUCUCCCCCCCUCUUCUUCAGCCAGCAAGCCUCACAACCACCCCCGCAUCAAGAUCUCAUUGUCGAAACCCACCGCUGUCACAUUCGCCAACGCACCGACUGUGGAGAUGGCGCUUGAUUCUGAUCCGGAGAGUGAUGAGGUGGUGAGGAGAGUUUGGGAAAGCGCGAAGAUAGAAGGGGUCAGGAAAGUGCCGUUUCCGUUGCAAGGCAGGUUGGAUGAGUGGAUUGAGGGGAAGGAUAGGAUUUAG